AUGCUCAAUCGGCCAAACCCGCAGCAUUCGUUACCGGGGCCUAGUACCGCUUACGGCUGUAAUUGCGGUAAGGCAAGAAACACAAGAUCUCAUCAUGGCCACACAACCAUCAGUAGUACGAUUCGAAAGGAGCUGGCUUCUUACGAAAAUCCUCAUCAACCACAACAACCCCCGGUCACUGUAAAACCGGCUAAAAGAAAUGCCAGUACGGAAAGUUUAGAUCUGUUGAAUAAAAGCGCUGUGGCUAAAGAGUGCACGUGUGCCGUCUAUAGUCCAAACUCUGUGGACGGUAACAGAUGCAGGAAGUGUAGUUUUGAACCUGAUGCUAGAGUGCAGCGUGCACAGAAGAAGCACAAUUCAUCCAAAUUUAAAGAUGCGUCGACUUCACCAAAAUCCAACAGUCCGUUGCGCACACUGGAACCGAGAAGCCCACGUAGCCCCAAAAGUCCAAAAAGCCCCAGAGCGGAAGCUUCGACAGACACCAAGUUUGAUUUUCCUGGUUCACCUAGAACGGAGAGUCAUUAUAAACGUUUAUCUUCAUUGAGUAUAAACAAUGGAAACAAGAGCAUAGCUACUAGCCCAAUGAAACAAGUAACACCAAAAAUGAGCCCCAAUAAGUUGACCCCCGUGAAGGGCGAUCGGGUUCUGGAAAAGUCAAAUUCACUCGGGGAUAACAAGCCGCAGAAGAUGCUUCGAACAACCCGAAGCUUAUCUCCACGGCCACCUGUCAAACACCAGCACUCCAUUAUGGUAUCGGAUGAAAAUGAUAUCAUUUCCGUGAAACUUUCACCUAAUGAAGAGUUUGAAGAAAGUAGGGAAACAAAUAGGCAUGUUAAAAAUGAUGAAUCUGUUCCAAUUCAGAAGAAAGCUUAUAGCGAAACGACUUCGCCAAAUUUGUCGGAUUACGGUAGUUUGAAGCUGGACGAUAAUAAUGUGAAGAAUCCGAACAAUCGGAGCACUAGUUGUUUGGUAUACGUACCAUCGGACCCUUGGACUCGAAUGUCCUCCAACAAUUCACCAGCUCCACCAUCUAAGAAAAAACUCAAAACAAAAAAAUUGGAAAGUAAAUCCUUCAGUAAGCCGAAUUUGGACUAUAUGGAAGACUCGAACCCUUGGGUAUGGAGAUCCAACAUUACGUUAAAUGAACGGAAGAAGGGAUCGUUACCACAUCAGACUAAAUCACUGAGCAGCGCCCAUAGCCGCGAUGAGCUGGAUUCCCGGCAGUCGCGCCUAUGCCAACAACGAUCACUUACCAAAUUUGAUAAGACUUUGACUAUUCCGGGAAUAGAUCUGCACUUUGAUGCCCGCAAGAAAAUAACUCGCCCGAAGCUUCAGCGCUCCAAAUCCCCAGCAUUUUAUGAGGAAUUCUUCCAAAUAGAAAAGGAGAAACCACUCACCAAGGAUAAAUCAGUAUCUUCGUUGAAGAUUGAAAAAACCGCCAGCAUUUCCAACAUAAAUGGUGCCAAAUGUACUUGUUAUGAGGCGACAUCCCUCAGUCGACAGCAUUUCAACCACAACAAUAACCACCAUCAGUGUGAUCAUCAGUCGUUGAUCCAUAAAUCCACAACGAGCAUUACCUCUCCCACCAGUAAAAAACAACCCUCACCGAAACUGAGUUUUCCCCAAUCUCCGAAGCCAAAGCAGGCAAACCAGAAGCAACCGCCCCAACCGGAGCUGGUCAAGGCCUCGUUGACCGUCCUAAAUCCGAAUCUGCUGCAGCCGCGGCACAGUUUUUCCACCCCAUCGCAAAAGGACGACGAGCUGCAGCUGAACAUCCGGCGCUUGAGCGAACAAAUGAACAAGUAUAGCUCGGCCGGUUACUUUUCGCAGACGGCGCCCAGCUUCAUGACCGACACGAUUCCGCUGGACAAGAAGAAAGUGGUCGGUGGCAGCGGAGGAUUGACUUCCAGCAGCGGUAAUAAUAUCAGCGAGACUGCAACAUCGGUCGAAUCGAAGAAACGGGCUUCUUCUCACUCGAAGAUCAACGACCCAAUUCUGGAAACGCGCUGCUAAAACACGAGGAACUGAUCCGAUAACGAAAAAAAUAAAACGCGUCAGAUCAACUUGAAGCUGUGCAAUUUUGGGAUAUCAUCGAUGUAUAUUGACAGUGGCUUUAGAUGUGUCAUACUCGGAAUAAGUUAGCUAGUCAAAGUUGUACAGAACGGACGAUCGACAUAGGUAAAAUGAAGUAAGUUUUUUUUCCAUUCAAUAUCAUGAUUGUAUUGUGUGUUAGUACUUAUAGUGGAAAAUUUCCCAUUUAUUGAACGUCACUGUAGUGGAAAUAUUGAAAUGUGAAAUAAUUCAAGAACAAACGGUGUCAAGUGAUAGACUGGCUGGUAGGCAAGACAUGGGUGUCAAAUCAACUACUUGAAAAGUGAACAAUGGCCUUCGGGUGUCUGUGGGUCGAUAAACUCGCUAAAUUCUAAAACUGUAAUGUUAGGUGUGUGCGUAUAUGCGGACAAUGAAGCCAGCUGGGAACGAUAGGGUAGUUUGCAAAAUAAUGUACAGUUCGUAUUCAAUAAGAUAGCUACGUAGAUAUGUGAAACAAUGAUGAUUGUAUCAAAUUAAAAUGGAAAUCAGGAAUUCUAGAGAAUCAUAAUUGCUUUAGAAUUUGAGUUGGAGCUAUUCGCUGGUGAUUCUUGGGGGGAAUUGAGAUAUUUUUUGAGAGCAGUUACCACAUAGAAAACGUCCGUACAUGACGUGUUGCGCGCUUCUAGUGUUUUACCAUGAGACGAGAAAUCACUUUUUAAAUAGACUACUCGCCCUUCUCAGCAAAGCCCUCUUUCGAGAAGGUACAUGGCUUUUGCCACCUAUUUCUAGGACUGCAGAAAAAAUAUGUAGCGCGACUUCUAGUCUACAGAGAUGUUGCAGCUCGAUACACUACAGCCCAUUGUCCCACCAACUUCCUCACUAGAGGAAUGAUUUCAGUGCUACCACGGUGAACAAUGCGCGCUCGUCAAGGUAAAGGAUCUGACUUCGGCACAAAAAACGUUAAAGAUUUUAUGUUUUAUGUAGUUUCUGUUUGACUUUCGGAAACGAGGAUACACCUCAUCUCAUGUCACUUCCCGUCGACAUCGUCUACCAAAAUAACUACGGUGUCAAAAAAAAACAAAACUGCGCUCUAAUCCUAGUCAUUUGGUUUUUGACUAGGUCCUGCUCCCGUUUCCUUCGUUGGUGUAUUGAUUAGUGGAGCGGCGCUCGACAGUUGUAGCAAUGCUGACUUAGGAAUGUUGUCAUCCGGAAUAUUUUUUUAAGAACUUUAUAUUACACUAUCUAUUUGACUCGAAACCGGACCAACAAUAAAAAUUACCUAACACUACUUACGGCUAAUAGAACAAUAGUACGAGCCGCGUGGCGCUGACUUUUUUAUAAUUUAAAAUUGAUAAUCAAGCGUUUCCUACAACUAUAUGUAGCUUGGAGCGAGUUAAGUUAUUGAGGAUAUUUCUUUUGAGCCGCAGGCGAAACAAGCCUUUGGGCUCCUCGAUGAUUGAUCCUUUUGAUUGUUCUCUUUCGAGGAUCGGGAGACGGAAGCUGCUGCCAGUGUUUUAGCGUUACGUGCUCCGUCGAAUUCAGUAUGACAAGCUAACUGGUUCGCCCGCUUUUCCAAUUCUGCUUUGAAUUCGUUCCAACUGUACAAUUUCUGUAGAUCUAGGCUCUCCUCGAGUCGAGAUAGGGUUUUAUCAUAAAGUUAGAUUUUCACGAUGGCAACAACUAGUCCAUCAGCCACACAAUCCAAAGUCUGAUUGCGCUGUAUCUGGUGUGCGGCAUAGACCGUGGUGUCCACCGCAUCUAUGAGGGUUAAAAUUCCCUUGGCGGUAGGAUUUGCUGCCUUCUUUACCUUUAGUAAUUUGGCAAAAUAGCCUUCAUGCUUUUGCCAGGCAUCGGCAAAGCUUGUUGCAGAGUUCUUGAGUGCUUCUAUCGAGUUCUUGGCAGGGAAACCUUCUAGGCAUUUCGCUAGAAACGCAUAUUUGUGGGCAUCUUCGCUGAUGUUAGCUACUCGCUUUUCAAAUCUAGCCUUGAAAGCUCUGUCGGUGAUCCGUGGAAACGGGGCAAUUCAAUGCGCGGUAGGUGGUCGGAACGACUAGCAGGCUGCUGGACGGUUUGGUCCAGUAUCGUCCGUGAUGAUCCGUUAGCGGGAGCUGGCCGCAACGAUAGCGCCAGAUCUUCGAGCACAACCUUGGCAUUAAGGUAGAUAACCAUCAACGGCUCCCUACGCUGUUGUCUUUGAGGGCCUUCUAGGCCCUCCAAUUUUAAUAAUACGUUCGAUGCUUGUGCAUACACACUGUCCAGUAGUGUAAUAGUAGACUAAUGUUCUGAGCCCCGGACUUCGGAUAUCAACGCAUUGGCGAACACAUCGCUUUGAUUGUCUGAACUCGACUGUCUUGUAUUUUCUCUUACCAUAUAACUUAUAGACUAUUUACCCUUGCGCGACCAAACACAUGCCACCAACGUUGUUUCCAAAAUUAUUUAACUGCAAUAAUAUGGCUGUAAUGUUGGCAUUGUGUCCUUUAACGGAGAAUGCUUUCUUUUGUUCAAUAUCAGUAUCUGGACUAAGGAGGGCUAUAGAAUUUACCUUCUAUCCAGGCCGGAAGACCGCCAGGUUAAGCUUUCAGUCAAAGAUUCUUUGUGUAUUUCUCAAUCAAAGGUUUAUAUAGAUGUUUUACAAUUGAUUCUUUCUUAUAACUAUGUGAGACAGAAUGAGACAGCUGGAGUGACUUCGAAAAAUGUUUAUUACUGAGUUUGUUAAUUUGGGUACAUUUUCUGGCCUUGCGGGUUGUGCAAUUUGAAACUUUUCGUUUCAACUGCGCUUGGGCUCGGACCUCACGUGGAGCAAGGGGAAAGCGGAUAGCAAACGACUAGCGAUGAGCCGUUUGUCGCAUAUGGUUGUAACUGUUAAGUGAAAACCGAUCACCUUCGUCUGAAGCGUACUUGGACAGUUUGCCGCGUUAUGACCUCAACGUUUCGCAAUUCAGUUUUUCAACAGAUGAUGUGCUGAGAAAGCUUCAACAGAUGGACAACUCUAAGAGCAUCGGACCUGAUCUACUUUCACCAUUUUUUAUUCUAAACUGUGCUGCCUCGCUGAGCGGUCCCAUUUCCAUGCUCUACAAUCCUUUAAUGUCGGAAGGUACGAUCCCGUGUAUAUGGCAAAGCGCUGCUAUCACCCCUCUGCACAAAUCUGGUAGCAUUCACAAUGUGGAAAACUAUCGGAGUAUAUCGAUCCUGAAAUGCUUUUCUGGUCUACGACGCGUUUUACCCGAAGAUACAUCAUAUCAUUUCUGACCAUCAACAUUGCUUUGUGAAAAAAAGAUCUACCACGCACGACAAAUCUCAUGUCAUUCGUUUCUUGUUUGGGCAAUGCCCUCGAGAAUCGGGAGCAAGUCGACGCCAUCUAUAUUGACUUCACCAAAGCGUUUGAUCGAGUGCCGCAUUUAUUGACUGUUGAUAAAUUGGACAGAAUGGGCCUACCCACCUGGCUGACUCGUUGGAUAUAUUCCUACCUAACUGAGCGUAAAGCGUACGUGCGCAUUAACGGAACCUGCUCGGACUCUUUCGCUAUCUCUUCCGGCGUUCCACAAGGAAGUUACCUAGAUCCACUCAUAUUUGUGCUAUUUGUGAAUGAUCUUUGCACCACAAUUAAAUCACCGAAAGCGAUGUUCGCUGAUGACUUGAAAUUAUUUCGAGUUGUGUCAUCAUUGGUAGAAUGCUGUGCUCUCCAAGCUGACGUCGACGCAUUGGUAAACUAAAUAGAAUGGAAAUGAACGUCAAAAAAUGCAUUGUAAUAUCGUUCAGUAGAUCGAGAAGCCCGUCUGUCUUCGAUUAUAAUAUGUCUGCCGCCAGUAUUACAAGAGUCAGCACCGUCAAGGACCUUGGCGUCCAGCUAGAUUCUAGGCUCAACUUCAAUUUGCACAUUACUACAACAACCGCCAAGGCGUAUACAAUGCUUGGAUUUAUAAAACGAAACGCUCAGGAGUUUGAAUAUAUAUACUGCUUGAAAUCUCUCUACUGUGUCCUGGUCCGCAGUACACUGGAAUACGCUGUCCUCGUGUGGGCUUCAUAUCAUAUAGUGCAGAAAUCGGAUCGAGCGAAUUCAACGAAAUUUCAUUCGAUUUGCGCUUCGUCGACUCCCGUGCAAUGACCCCGUCCGCCUUCCACUGGGUCGUAUGAAUAAAAAGUUGUAAGUUCAAUUUUACUACAUUUUCAGUAGUAAACGUCACUUGGGAAACAUGUUCGUAUGAAUAAAAGAGACUUUACUACACUACACAUUUCGAACAUACUACAAACAACUGAUUCGGUAUGAAUAAAACAAAACUGACUUCUUGUAGUCUGCUCAAGACGUUGCUACUCAUGUUUCAAAUGCAGAUUAUUCAUCAGAAUCGAAGCGAAUCGGCUUUGUUCUUGAAAAUAGAAGUCCAAUUUAGGGAAAACAAACAAAACAGACAUGUCUUUUGUUGAUUAGCUGCAAAAAAAUGAUGAAAUCAUCCAGUCAUCAAAAUAAUUCUAUCGUUCUUAUCCCAAAUCUCUCACUAAAUCCAAUAAAACCUUUGCGUCGAUCAAAUCCACCAUCCACCAAUAUUUCGAAUUUACCUACAAACGAAACGAUGUGGAACAAAACAGUUCAACGAUUCAACUAGCCCGCGCGAGGCGAACCCGUUUGUGAAUAGAAAAAUAAAGCAUCAGAAGCCACUUUAAACAACGCAGCGAGUAGCAGAUGACAACUGCAUCAAUUGCAGACCAUCUUCAUGAAACGCUCCAGAACAAGCUUGUUCUUGUACUCAGGGCUAAUGAAAAGAUUCUCGUUCAAAAUGCUGGCAGGUCUGUGCUGACAGCACAAACGAUUACGAGUGGAGCCUGAUCGAACGGUUAUUUAACGGAUCAACUUUGAUAAUUUGAGCAACGAUGAUGUACAUGUAUUUAAAAAUCACCCAACAUCAGAACUUGAGCUAGUUCGCUAUGAACGAUACAAAGUCACUUUGGUGGGGCCUGCUUGCUUUUUAUAGAAGUUUAACGGAGCCAACUGUUCUCCUCACCAUAUUCAAGGCAAGCCCCACAACUCUUAAUGGCCCGGAGAUGAGUCCCUGGUGCCCUGCGCUUCGAGUAUAUUUUGGACUUUGGAGUUUAAUUGAAUCGUGGCCAUUAUUGUCAUAUUAGUUGUAUUUGCACACAAAACCAACAAAGGCUGUUUGAAAUGUGAUUAAGAUUUACCUACGAAUAUUUGAAACAGCUUCACGCCAAAUUCUAAAAGCAAUAUAUGGUAAAACGAAAUAGCCGCAAAAUAUGGCUUACAUCCAGUCAUCCUAGAUAGAACCAAUUCCCUGAUUAUCCUACAAAAAAGCAUACAAUGUAAGCGGCACAGUGUAAUUGUGUUUACUCGUCUUUUAAGCAGAUAGGAAUUACAGUUGCAUCAAUCUUCAUUCAAAAACUACUUCUGUAAGCAACCCACGAGCACACACUCACAUUACAAACACACGGACACGUGCACACACGGAAACACAUACAAAAUCAACUGCCAAUGAUUGUAAAAUAUAUGGACCUACGGAAAGUUAUUUUAACCAUUCUAAAUGUGUAAAAGGAAGGAGUUAAUUAACGUUCAUUGAUUGUACAUAAAACCAACAGACUUUCUUAAUACUCCGAAAUACUUCUAAAAGCUAGAAACGAAUGGAGAUGAAUACGUUCGGUUAGCCAAAUUAGGAUACGUCGAUAGAAGGGAAAAACAUGGAAAGCAUACCUGCUGCAUCAGUGGGCACGAAUGAAUCGAACCGUAAAUCGUUGAGUUCUCGAAUAGUUUAACAAGGGGAAAUAAAAUAAAUGGAACGGAAUUGGUGGAAUGUGGUAAGCAAAUAUAUUAACAAUAUGGUUCUUUCUAACCCAGAAACAAUUGCAGCGGAAAUACAAUAGAAGUCAUUUUACCAAUUCUCCGUUUAAUAUAGUACAUCUAUUGGAAAUGAAGUAUAGCCAUUUUAUUGACACGAUACACGAGCAAUAAUGUCUACUGUCCGCCAAUAAAACUAUUGUAAUUUUAUAGCAUUUUAUUUUUUUAUCCAGGGGCAAAGUUGAAGACAGUUGUGAAAAGCAAUGUUCGAAAUAAACACUGACUAUUGUUUUUAAUUUUAUGUUGGUUUGUUUAGAGCGUUUAUAAACAAUUUCUUUUUUGUACAUUAAUUUCUAAGACUGUGUAGAUGUAGAGCAUAUUGUUAAUAUAAUUUGAAAUACGUAAAUCUUUGUAAGGUCAAGAUAAAUAAAAAGUAAGUUAAACUGAAAACACGUUUGUGCCACGAAGAAAUAGUACGAUGCAUCUUGUUGUGCAUGAGGCACACUACUUAAUCAACCCGAUCAUCAAACCCUAUCACAAUGCAUCAAAUUUCAAGUAAGUUCUAAAUUCGGGACAACUAGGUCUAAGCUACGGAUCAUAUUAGUUAAAACAAAUAUUCAAAGCGGAUUCGAAUCGAUUUUUAUCGAAACAAGCAGGCGAAUCUGAGACAGGAAGAUAUCAUAAACCCUGACAAGUUGAUUGCUGUGAGGGUCAGAAAGAAUUGAAUUGUAGGAAUUUUAAACAUAUUCAAUCACGCGCAGUUACAGAUAAACAAAAAGUCGUUCAUUGAUUUUCAAUUUUCAAUCGGGAGCCGUUAUACUUACGAGAAUUGAACUAUACACAACAGUUAAGAGUCACACCCUGACGGACAUUAUUAUAACUAUACUUGCAACCACACAAACACCUAAACUCACUCACUUUGCGAAGGGACAUGUGAAAUAAAUCUUUUUUUCUUAUACAAAUAUACAUAACAAAACGAAAAAUA